CGUAAAAUACGAUCCAGCUUCUGGAGUGGACGUCGGCAAUCAUUCCGAUGGGGCCGUGGCGCAGAGACAUGGUGGCCUGCCGGCCUUAGGUCCCACGUCGUACGUUGAGGAUUCCGAGAAGGUAGCCAUAAAUAACGGACUCCAAGCUGCAACCCCAACUUAAAACAACCCAUGCGCCGAUCAGCUCGUAAACUCGGCUUGGCGUCCGACUCUUGAGCCGAGGAAGUGAGAAAGCUCUAAUGCAGUGCCGAACCGGCCAGCCCUUGAAGGAAACCUCGCAAUUGUGCAUAUACGUCCUCCUACCUAUGAUUUCCCACGACCCUUCCUUUAACAGCAAACAAUUCUAAAACUCAUUUAAUUUUUUGCAUUACAGUUCACUAAGCACCAAAAGUAAUUUGAACUUUCUAGAGCAAAGUUACAAUAGGCAGCAAACUUUUUAAAUAAAUUUUGGCAUCAAUUUCCAUCCUUCAAAAACAUUUUGGGCCACAAAAUCCGAAACUAAAUCUCAUGCCAUCAAUUUCCGUCAUCCUACUUCCCCUAUCUGACCAACAUUAUCUUAAUAGUCUCCCACUGCAUGAUCAAACCUGCCAUUCCAUUGUUCAUCAUGCCAAGAACUUUGCGUAAAAAUAUUUGUAUGCAGUCUAUAUGAAGCUGAAAAGUAGGUCCAAAGAAAAGAAAAGAGCGGCUUCAAAACUUCAAAGAUUCAAAGCUGAAGCCCCACAAGCCUGUCAUUUUAGUACUCCAAUUCUCUCUCUCUCUCUCUCUUUAAAAUAGCCAUACCAGCUCCUCUUCUCUUCCUAACCCAGUUUCCAGUAAGAAAAAUCUCCACCACGAAAUAUAUAUAUAUAAAAAAAAAGCGAACUCCCCCCUCUCAUGGCCUGGACCGCCGUUAUGAAGGCCAAAACUUGCAGCUUGCCCUUACGGGCCCCACAUUGCCGCCGUGCCCUCAGGUUCAAGGCACGGGAUGAUUCUUCCGAGAGCUCGGCCGCCGUCGAACUCCUUUGCCGGCUCCGGAUGCGGGUCUUCUUCCUGGUAGUAAUGCUCUACGUUGUUGGAUUUCUCUUGUGCGCCGGGGGUGUCUCCAUUUUGAUGCACCCGGCGGCGGCCCCUGGUUCGGUGUACCGCAGCCCGGAGCUCUUCAAGAAGCUCUGGCCCGAAAUGCAGUUGGAUAACUCCUCUGGAGUUGAUUUAAAUGCAGUAUGGAAACAUGGGAGGAGAUUGAAGCAGUGGAAACCUUGCACAAAUAGUUCACUUGAGCAUACUGGGUCAGCAGCUCCAAGUGGUUACCUGAUUGUUGAUGCUAACGGUGGUCUGAAUCAACAACGUUCAUCGAUUUGUAAUGCAGUGGCUCUGGCUGGUCUUCUCAACGCAAUCCUCAUCAUUCCACAAUUUCAUUUUCACAAUAUUUGGAUGGAUCCAAGUAAAUUUGGAGAUAUAUAUGAUGAAGAUCAUUUCAUAAGAACUCUUGAUGGCCAUGUGUGGGUGGUCAGAAGACUUCCUGAGACAGUAAUGGAAAGAUUUGGCAACAACAUUAGCAACAUACCAAACUUGAAAGUUAAAGCUUGGGUGCCAAUUAGUUAUUACUUGAAUGAAGCAUCCCCAGUAUUGCGUGAGCAAGGGGUUAUUCGCAUAAGCCCCUUUGCAAAUAGACUGGCAAUAGAAACUCCUCCAGAUAUCCAAUCACUUAGAUGUUUAGCUAAUUACAAAGCACUGAGAUUUUCUGUUCCCAUAGUCACAAUUGCAAAGAAAUUAGUUGAACGUAUGGUUGAGAAAAGCUCAAAUAAUGGUGGGAAGUAUGUGGCAGUCCAUCUCCGUUUUGAGGAGGAUAUGGUGGCCUUCUCCUGCUGUGUAUAUGGUGGAGGGAUGACUGAGAAGUUUGAAAUGGAUUCUGCUCGUCAAAGAGGGUGGAGGGAAAAGUUUAAACAGAGAGGCCAUUGUUCAAGUCCUGGCCUAAAACGUAUGAAUGGAAAGUGUCCUCUGACUCCCUUAGAGGUAGGAAUGAUGCUGAGGGGUAUGGGCUUUAAUAACAACACUCCAGUCUAUUUGGCAUCGGGGAAAAUAUACAAGGCGGAUAGAAAUUUAGCAACUUUACUGCAGCUCUUUCCCCUUCUUCAGACCAAAGAGUCUCUUGCCACUCCAGAAGAGCUUGCUCCAUUCCAGGGUUACUCUUCAAGGUUGGCUGCAUUGGAUUAUACUGUUUGCCUGUACAGCGAAGUGUUUGUUACCACUCAAGGUGGCAAUUUUCCCCACUUUAUGAUGGGCCAUCGGCGAUUUCUCUACAAUGGCCAUGCUAAGACCAUCAAACCUGACAAACAAAAAUUAGCUGUGUUACUGCAUGAUACAAGCAUUAGUUGGAAGGUUUUCAAGGAAGAAAUGGAAACAAUGCUUCGUGAGAGCAACCGAAAGGGCGUGAUGUUUCGUAAGAGCAAACAAUCAAUCUACGCAUACCCUUCACCAGAUUGCACCUGUCACCAAGAUCUGAUCGAUUCAACAUCCUUGCCAACCUAUCUCAACCAUUAGGUUGGCUAGUAUGGUAGACUGGUAGUAAAGCCAUUGGCCUAUUAUCUUAACCUUUAUUAAUACUCUAUAUUCAUGGCUUUGCUAACUUGCCACCGCCGUGCCCUUUUUAUAUCAGCACAAGUGUAAAGCUCAGCUUGCUGGCCCUAUUGAAGCCUUUCAUGUACAUAUGAUGAUUCUCUUAAUGACCUGUCAUUUCUUCA